AUGGAGAAGAAGGAACUUUGGGAGCUCAAUGCCCCCUUUCCUGUAGCUGUUCCAGUCGGAGGGUCAAUUCUUAGCUAUUUUUCUUCUUCUUUCCUUUUUCCUUCCUUGGCCAGAUCUGAUGAAGGAAAUGAAAUGGAUAUACAUGCUCAUUCAAAGGGUGCUUCUGGCAGCUUGCAAGCUAAUAUUCUUUGGUUCCUUGAAUGUUUCUUGCUUGGAACUUGCUCCCCCCAUGUGCUAGAACCUCCAGCAGCUUUGUUCAAUGAACCCUCUGACCUUCUCUACGUGGCUUCCAUUUUUCUAGCAAGGGGUUGA